AACCGAACAGGCAAUGAUCAAGCGAUCUCCCUCCUGCUGGCCAUCUCCACCCUCUGACACACAGAGGCCAGGGACACCUUUCGCCAGUGUUGCUGAAGAUGAGGUUACAUCUCUUAAAAAAUCCUUGCCUAGAUUUUAGAUGCACAAUCUGAGCAUUCAGCUUUAGCCUUAAAUCUGUGGUGCCCAACACACUAGCCACACGUGGCUGUUUGGCUGGUUGAGUGUGGCUAGUUUGCUAUAGCGAUAGGCACUAGAGAGGCUACUGCUUCAGAACUGGUUGGACAACCCACAGCCUUAAAUGCUUGACUCUUCAGACAUGGAGUUUUCUAAAUAAAUUAAUCGAGACCACCCUUUUCUACAGUCUACAUUUUAAUUGUCAUUAUUAUAGCACAAAAACUUACUUCCAAAGUCUUCCUAUCCCUAGUCUCCUUUCACCCCCUAUUGGAGAGCCCUUAAAGGGAUAAACAAUCCUUUUCUUCCAGGUAGCUGGACAAAUGAGUUUCCCUUUCUUUACUUCUAUUUGAUGAACUGGUUUUAAGAGAACUCUUCACCAAAAUCAGUACCUUUCAACAAUACUAGAGAAUCCUUUGUUGCGCAUAAAAUCUUUGGAAACACAUUUUUAACAAACUUAUGGUGACAUUUCAUAAAUGUGUCUGUUAUGAAGAUCACACAAUAAAGGUUUCCUUUUUCUGAAAGCAAUAACUUUGUUAUGAACGCACUGAACUGCGGUGACUGAUUAAUUUAAAAUAUCUUUGUUUCAGUGUGUUUAAACAUUACUAAUCUGCAAUGAUGGCUUUAUGAAAGCUUGAGAGUACAUUUAAAAUAACAUUAGAAAUACUCAUGAAGAAAAUGUAGAAAGCAGACCUCCAUGUAUGACUCUAUUGAAUGUUGCGUUGCGCGGGACAGCUGACUUGCCCUUACACAAAGGUUUUGCAAAUAAAUCUGUAACAAACAUCAAUGUAUUUCAAAAAACCCCGAGACUGACAUUUUUUUUAUUCCCCAAUUUAGUGCUUGUAACUAGGUCCCUUCUGCAUGACCAGCUGUCACAAUCGGGCUGGCCGUGGAAAACUUUUGCUUUGGAAAGUAUCCUGCGCAAGGCCCGGCUGCUGCAAGCGCGAGGGGCUGGAGGGCAGGUGGAAAGAAGAGCCCAGGAGGGGAGGCGAAGGCGGGCGUGGCCAGCUGCUCCGAUUGCACCCCCAGGACCCAGCCGAGCUGUUCAGGUUCUGUCCCUGCUUUGUCCUGGGAGGAGCGAGGCCAAGAAAGCUCUGGGUUCAUCGCUCAACAAAGGACUCUUUGUUACAGCCUCCUCCACGGGAACCUGACCCCCUGGGACUGCACGUGGGGCGGAAAGCGAUCCUGACGGGGCUGCUGCCCUCUCCUCCUGUUGACACUGGGACUCUGCUCUGUGGGUCUGUGUCCUCGGCAGCCCGCCUCCGGCAUGCUGCCCUUCCUGGCUCUCCUGCUGUGGGUGCCGGGGGCAGGAGCCACCAGGGCCUGUCCCCACCUGUGCGUCUGCUACGAAUCCUCUGACUUUGUAGACUGCCGUGGCCACCACCUGGCUCACGUGCCCCGUGGCAUCCCGCACAGCACAUGGAUCCUGGAUCUGAGGCGCAACAACCUGAGCAGCCUGGAGACCGGCUCCUUUGAUGCCCUGUGGUCCAUGAAGAUCCUGCUCCUGUCCCACAAUGGCAUUGGCCGGCUCCGGCCCAAGGCCUUCAAGUCCCUGGGCUUCCUGGAGAAGAUGGACCUCAGCCACAACCUCCUGGCCCAGCUGCCCCCCGACUUCUCCGACGAGCUGACCUCCCUGAAGGAGCUCAAGGCGGCCCACAACCGGCUAUCGGCCUUGGCCUUUGGGAGCCUGCAGCACCUGGAGAGCCUGGAGAAGCUAGACCUCAGCUACAACCAAGUGGCUUCCAUCGAGAAGGGGACCUUUCGGGGCCUGUCCAGGCUCCGCCACCUCUACCUCCAGUCCAACCGGCUAGGGGUCAUCUACAACGGCGGCUUCUCCAUGCUCCAGAGUCUGGAAGUGCUUUUCCUUGGCACCAACAACAUCAGCACCAUUGAGGUGGGGGCCUUUGCCUCCCUGCACAACGUGAACCUCCUGGCUUUGACUGGCAACCAACUCAUCCACCUAAAGUUCAAGACCUUCCUGAACAUCCAAACAGCCAGCACCCAGCUCCAGCUGGCCGGCAACCCCUGGGCCUGCGACUGUGACCUCCAACGGGUGUUCAGCAAGAUCUUGAGUGUCCGCCACCUCCAUGUGGAAGACUACGCCAACCUGACCUGUGCCAGCCCCGGGCAGCUGGCCGGCUUGCCUCUGCUUUCGGUGGACACCCAGCUGUGCGUGGCCGAGACGGCCACCGUCCUGGUGAUCACAGUCACCGUCCUGGUGACCGUCAUUGCCGCCAUCGUCAUGGCGGAGAGGAACCGGAAGAAGAGCCAGGAGAAGAACUGGAAUGAGUCGGAUGGCCCCUUUGAGCCGCAGGAGAAGUGAGCCCGGGGAGGGACGCACGCCUGGUGCAUGAGAAGCAGCCGUUCGCUUUGCUCUGCUUUUGAGCUCUCCUGGGUCCACGCGGACUGGACCCAUUCCCAGCGCUGGGGGGCGGUGAAUCCAGAGCUGCCCUGCUUGGAGACACGGCUGCUGCGCUAACCCCCUGGGGCUCCCACUCAGUCCUUUCCCGUGCGUCUGGGCGUGAGGAAAAUGAUUUCCCCUUGUUCCUUUGCAGAAGCGACAGAGCUGGGCUGGGCCCCUCCCUCCCUCCUGCGAUGUCCAUGCACCUGCUCGCCUCCCUGGCCUUUCACUGCAGCCCUGGUGUUGCCUCUCCUGCCGCCUGCUGGCCUUGGGGCAUCGCAUGGGUGGAACUGGAUCGUGCUAAAGCGGGGAGGGAAUUCCCCCUUCCACAGGACAGAGCAGUCUCUGGUUUCGGCAGCCAGUUCAGCAGCUCUGGUUCCGGGAGCUGUCUCUGACGAGGCAGGAAUUGCCCCGCCUUGCAUGUGGGGAAACACAGCACCUUGGUCAAGACCCGUGCUGCGAGCUGGGAAUAGAACCUGGGGGCAGGGGGGUUCUGACGCUCGAUCCUGCAAGGUUGUGGGAUUGGAGAGUGGUGAGUAACGUAUCCCAUCCAAGGGCCAGAUCCUGCAAGGCGCUUCCUGCCUGGGACUUCCCCCAUGGGGGUGGUUUGUCUGCAUCAUACAGGGUCGGGCCUUGACUUGCUUCCCCCCUCCCACGUCCCUACUCAACAGCCCCACAGCCAGAGGGAAGUGCUGGGAUUGCUGCGCAGUGCUGGGGCGUUGGGGUUUGGGGGAGGAGUCCUGUGGAGUCAUCUAUUGGGAAACCUUCGUGUCAGGCUUUCCUGGCUGCUAGAAUUAACAAUGAGCUUCCCAAAGACAUUCAUGUACAGCCGCCGGGCUGCCUGAUCCUGCCUUGGAAAAGAAAUAAAAAUCUGGUUUCUCUCUGGGGUGCGUGUGGUGUUUCCUGUGCAUAGUGCAAUAGGCCAACGUGCCCCUGUGCAGCCCAGGCCGCCUUGUUCUGUGUGUACAGCAUUGAGCUCAGACACAGCCCCUGCCCCAAACAGCUUCCAGGCUCAGUAAUGCUGGUUGGCAGCGUUUUUCUGUGGGUCUCACUGAGCUCUUUCCCCUCUUCUGCCAUGGUGCUGAUUAAAGGGCCAGGCACGCCUUGUUUCCUGGCUCUAGUGGCUGGUAGGGACUGGUGAGACAGUGAAAUGAUGGAUGAGUUAAAUGUACCUGUCAGGCCCCCCACCACUGUGGUAAGAGGCAGCGUGGCUCGGUGUGUGGGAUGGUGAACUGAGGCUCCAGGGACCCGGGUUUUGUUCUUUGUUUUGCCACUGGACCAUUAGGUCAUUGCUCCUCUUUGCCUCAGUUUCUCCAUCUGUAAAGUGGGGUUAAUGGCCCUGGCUGACUUUGCAAAGGGGUGUGAAAUCUAUUGACAGGUAGCUCUAGGUGUGGUCUGAGCAUCUCUAGGGGGGCUGGGACUUCUCUCCUCAGUCGCCUAUCUGACUGGGGAUAGGAUUCGAUGGGGCACAGAAGGGAAGGGCUGAAUUCUCCACUGCACUUAGCGAGAUGGACGUUGGAUGCAUGGAGGGACAUCUCGGAGCUUCCACAAACCUGACCCCAGUUAUGGGCAAUAACCACUUGAAAGCCUGGCCAAGGGCGUGCAGGGAAUUUGUGACCCAGCUGGGAUGGGAACCUGGAUUUUCCUGCCUGGCAGCGCUGCCUCUACAAGCCCAACCUGCUUCUUGCAAGGCCCUCUCUGUUUUCCUCAGUGGGGGCACCCUUGUCUUGCUGAGGACAUUUGGAACAGCUGUACAGGGUAUUCUGCA